GUCCAAAGGACUUGCCUUUUUAAUGCUGCACAGAUUAUGUCAGCGGCAAUCUCGCUGGAUGGCAACGGCUGGCGAGCUGCGAACACUGCUCAUUCCUUUUCGUCCUCCUCCAUCCGACCAUCGUCCAAACCGUUGCCCGAGUUACCUUGGGGGUUCGUGUUUGUCUUGCUCGCCGAAUUCUAUUCGUGCUUCCCACUUUCCUUUCAAACCACAUUCGUUUCGCCCCAUCGCAAUAUCACCCCCAAGGUCGAUACUUGUGAUCCACAGGAUUUGACAUCUCAAGCAUUACUACUUCGUCGUUUUCGCUAUCCUACUUCAUAUUCUAGACUUCAGCAAUGCGUCGUCCCGGAGCACCUCGUCUCAACCGUUUCCCACAGCGUCUGGACUAUACCCUGAUCCCCGCGCCCCUAGAUCUUGCGCUCCCUUUGGUCGAUGAAAAGGCUCCUCUACCAGCCAUUAUCGUGACACCAUCCUCGCCGUCAGGCGAGAAAGACUUUGCUAUCGCUUUCUUGGCUCCUCCUCCUAAGCCUUCCUUGAGAGAGCGAAUAGCAUCUCACCUGCCCCGAAUGCCUGUUUUCCCUUCCUUACAGGCACGACUUCCUUCGAAGAUACAUUUACCCCAAACCCCUUGCCAAGAAGGGUUCGUGAGUCAGCCUUCCUCUUGGUCGGUCAAGGCGAAAGCACGCACCGCCGUUGUUUUCGCCAUCUUACUGUUCAUUAUGGUUUGCCAUUUGGUUAUGCAUAGCAUGAUUACAGGGCACGCUCAUCUCGAGUUCGGUUUGGGUCCUGACAACGACAUGGUUGCCCUCAAUAUUCCCGUCGUGCCUAUCCCUCAUUCCAGCAACGCUCCUGAGACUGAAUCAGUUGAUCGCGCUGCCACUCCUUCCCUCGGAGGAUGGUUCAAUCUGCAUGCCAUGUGGGCUCCCGUCCCGAUCACAGAGGGCAAACGUAGUGCCCACUUCAUUGUCGUGGAGGACGAUGAAGACAGGGAGGUCAAGCAAGCUUCAUAAGGAAGUGCUUCGUCUCAUUUGUUGUCACGCAUCUACACGUUCAUCACGAAUUAUGCUCCGGAUCUCUGGGCUGUGUUUUCUUUACAUUGGUUUCUGUUUUCGCUUUGAGGAGUGCUUGUUAAUGGAGGUGUUCUUUCGGUGUUCUGCGAUGUUUGGCUUUCUGGCACAUUUGUCUAUUGCAUUAUUUAUCUGUUACAGUAUUCAGAAGUUUGGCUACACUAGUUAGAACAUUUUCUUGUUAACAUUGCACUCCGUUCGCAUUGCAUGCUUGCUUUACAGUCCACAUUUGCAAUCUAUAGAGCCGACUUAAGGCACUUUUUGACGUAUCAAGCAGAUGUCCCUGACUGAACUAUAA